AGGAACAAAUUAAGGAAGAAGGAAGUAACAAAGAAGGAAACAACGAAGAAAAAAUAAAGCAACGAAGAAGAAAAAAGAAAGAAGCAACGAAGAAAGGAAAAACAGGAAGCAACGAAAGAACAAGAGUAGAAUCGAGGAAGAACAGGAAACAAGAAGGCAUAACAGGGCACAAGAAGAGGAGGAGGAGGCGCUACUCAACAACAAGACGGUGGCUGAGUAGGUCAAUUCAAACAUACCCACUAUUUACACUCGUCUCAUACUGUACAUCUCAAGCACACACAUCAAACAAUAGUAGUGGGAUGUUGAUGCUAAAGGCAUAACAUCAAUGAUCAUAACACUUUGGGAAUUCUUGAAAGCUUUUAAGUUGAUGUGUUAUUGAGAUUUGUGGUUAUCUCCGUCCCGUCGUCCGGUAAUCCCACCUUCCCCGCCCUGUCAAGGUGUGUGCUGUCAGGGGACUACCACAGGGAGCACCAUAGGGCACGCCACCCCCAGGACAGCACACAGCACACGAGAGACACAGGACAGGAUGGAGGUCACCACAGAAAAUUUCAAGGAGGUUCUUCCCAGCAUCCUCCAGGCAGUGGAGAGGGCAGAUUUUGUGGCCAUCGAUGCAGAGUUCACAGGUCUGCGGCGCAAGGAAACCUCAAGAUACUGUGAGCUUGAUACCAUUGAAGAAAGAUACAUCAAAGCUCGGGAAGCAGCGAAAGACUUUGGAAUGAUUCAGUUUGGAAUAUCAGCAUUUCGCUAUAUAAAGGAGAAAUCAUCAUACUCACAUGCCACUUUCUGCUUCUAUCUGCUGGGGAAGACUGGAGACAUGCUGUAUUAUGACAACACGAGCCUGAAGUUCCUGGCAGACAAUGGAUUUGAUUUCAACAAGUUAUUUAAAAGUGGAUUACCUUACCUCUCAAUACUGGAGGAAGCAGAGAAAAGAGGAGAGUUUGUCAAUCAGGCACUAGAGCCAUUCCCUCCCUCACCAGUGAAGGUCGCAGAAGAAAAAGCAAGAAAAUUUUUGAUAGAGACAGAAGAGAAAAUAGAUGCCCUCUUAGAAGAUGAAAGUCAAGAGGUUUUGGUGCUCCCAGGUGGAACAUUGCCUGGCUUUUUCCGCAAACUCCUGUAUAAUAACAUUGCUGCUAAAUAUAAAAACAUUCUCAUACGCAGUCUAACAACCGACCAGGAGAGGAACAUUGAAAUCCGUAAAUUUGAUUCUCCAGAAGCCAGAUUAAAGUUUCUGGAGGAGGAAAGGGAAAGGAAAUUGGAUGAAAAGGUUGGCUUCACUCAUGUGAUCCGCAAGGUGCUGGAGAGCGGCAAGCCUCUGGUGGGCCACAACAUGAUGUUGGACUUGCUACACCUGAUUCAGAAGACAGUGCAGCCUUUGCCUGAUACCUUAGAGCAGUUCAAGAAUGUUGUCAAGGCAAACCUUCCCACCAUCUAUGACACCAAACUCCUAGCCAAGGAUCCACCAUUCUGUGUUGACAUACCCAUCACCUCACUAGGCAUCCUGUACAGUGAACUCUGUGGUAAAUUCAGUCCACCAGACUUCAUUGUUGAAGAGGGAUAUGAGAGCCACAGCUUGAGUGGAGGUGGCCAGGCGCAUGACGCAGGGUAUGAUGCCUUCAUGACAGGCGUGUGCUUCAUUACCAUGGUGAAGAAGCUGGAUGGCAGCAACUGGAAGAACAAGUCUGUGAUCAGAUCAAAACAUUUGUCUCAGUUUUCCAGCAGAUUGAAUAACAUGAACUCCCAUGACAUUCCUUUCCUCAACCUGGUGGGGCCAGAUGUUCAGACAGACAGAAGUCGAAUAUUUUGUGUGGACUGUCCUGCAGAGUGGAAUGUGGGCAAUGUUCAUGGACUUUUUAACAUGAUGAAACCCAUCAAGAUUGUGUGGGUGAGCAGCACUUUCUUGUAUGUUAUUCCUCCUGAGGACAUUGACAAAAGUGGCUGCAAACAAUACCUCAAGGGCAUCCAGGCAUCUUGCCCCCCUAUGGUGCGGGUGAGACUUUAUGGUGACACUUUGUCAGUGAAGAGGAAAUCUCAGUCUGAUGAUGCAUCUCCAGGGGUUGAGGCAAGCGCUAGCCGUGUCCACGAGUACAAGCGGCUGAAGAGUGUUGGGUCAGAUCAGCUUUCAAAGAUGACUCUAGAGUCCCCCAGCAUGGAAGAAGUCCCUCCAAUAUAUGCCAAUGCUAAUGAUAAUGGAAAGAGGAUGAAGACAAACCAAGAUGCUGCCACUGAUGGGGUGUUUGCUAUACCUGAUGAAUGGUAUGAGAUACCAGACAGGGAGGGAAGACCGCAUAUAGUACCUUUAGUGUUAGCUUUGUUUAUCUUUUUUAAGUGGUUUUGGUAAUGCUGGUGGACACAAUUUGUUUUAGAUAAACUCUGAAAUACUUUCCUUUGCUAUUACUGUUGACAAAGUGCACAAGCUCAAACAGUUCAGUUUAAAUGUAUAACACAACUCUUUCUCUUAUGAAAUUUGGAUACAGUUAUUUGAUAGCUUUACAUUAACACUCAGUUCUUUCUUUGUACCAGGAACAUUAUUAUGAUUCCUUCAUUGUUCCCAAACUUCAUGGGGAAUGCCAGACACAGAUUUGUCCUGUAUGUUUUUUUUUGAAAAGUAUCACUGCUGUUGUGUAGACAUAUUGUGUGAGUGUUUUCUGAGUCUCCAUUCAGUGCUGAAAAGGAAUGUGUUUAUCCUUAUAUAUAUAUAUAUAUAUAUAUAUAUAUAUAUAUAUAUAUAUAUAUAUAUAUAUAUAUAUAUAUAUAUAUAUAUAUAUAUAUAUAUAUAUAUAUAUAUAUAUAUAUAUAUAUAUGAACACAUGGACGUAUGAAGUGCAUACCUACACUGACUAUUUGUGCAUUCAUAUUUUAGAUAAGUAAUUGAUUGCACUGAACAAACAGGGUAUAUGGAAACAUCACAAGACUGAAAUGUGUUUCCCUUUAUAUGCAUAAGUGCUUUGAUGAGCUGUGUUUAUGAUUAUGAAGACUAAUUUUGUGCAUUCUCAUUUGAUAAAUGAGUACCUACUUGAAACAAACUCUGUUAAAAGACUGGGAAUCCUUUUGUUGUUACUUGUAAGGAAUAAUUGUUGGUUUUCAGUGUUAUAAUUGCUCAAGACAAAAAGAAAAGUUGAGUUGCAGGUUUGAUGUACUCACAAGAUCUUUUUAGUGCAAAUUUUAAUGAUAAAAUAACAUUAUCAGCCGUUUACAUUUUGUAAUGGUUGUAAAGCUGUGUGAUUUACAAAAUAUUUUGUGUAUAUGUUCAGUAUUAAAAAUAAUGCAGACAGCUGCCAGUGCAGAUGGUAUUAUAGUUGUGCUCCACUAACCAAAUUUUCAUGGUUAGGUAAUCUAAAUACAUUUUUUUUAUAUAAAUAAACAUCUAUUUUACUUGAUAACCUGACCUUGUAUGUCAAUAACUCAAGCAUAAAUCUUAGAGCCUUCAGGUGACAUAGCAACAGGACUGGUACUAACACCAAUCCUGUGAUUGUCAGCAACACUACAUCUAUGUAUGUCUUUUAUGAAAUUUCUGAGUUAAAUAUGAGUUAGUCAUAAAGUACUAUAAUAAUUAUUAUUAUAAUA